UUAUUGUAUUUACUUUAUUCAAUUGGAGUCACUUGCAGCGUUUGGACACCAAGGAGCUUUUCGAGGAGCAUAGCGAGAAACCAGAUAAGCCACCAUGUCCACACAGCAAGCGGAGAAUGAGGAGAGUGCAGCGGCGAAGUCCAAGCGACCUUCAGAUUCGGCCUUCAAGCAACAGCGCCUGCCCGCCUGGCAGCCCGUCCUGACCGCCCGCACCGUACUGCCCACCUUCUUCGUUAUCGGAGUUCUAUUCAUACCCAUCGGCGUGGUCCUGCUCCACCUGAGCAACACCGCCAACGAGCUGAUCAUCGACUACACCAAGUGCAGGCGCUCGGGCGGAAAUACCACCUGUGCGGAGUAUCUGGAGGCCAACCCCGGCGUUACGUGCCCCUGCGAGGUGCCCUUCGUCCUGCCCUCGGACUUCAAUGGUGUGGUAUACAUGUACUACGGACUGACCAACUACUAUCAGAACCAUCGGCGCUAUGUGAAGUCACGGGACGACGAGCAGCUGCUGGGUCACCUGUCGCAAACGCCCAGUACAGACUGUGCCCCCUUCGCCUAUGAUCCCGAUUCCGGAAAGCCCAUCGCGCCCUGCGGUGCCAUUGCCAACUCGCUGUUCAAUGACACGCUGACCCUCUUGCAGGGUGGAUCCGAGAUCAAGCUGCUGAAGACGGGCAUUGCCUGGCCGUCGGACAAGCGCGUCAAGUUCCGAAACCCAGAGGGUAACCUGAACGUCUCCCUUGAGGGCUUCUCAAAGCCAAUUUUCUGGCAGAAGGGUCUGGCCGACCUGGACCCGGAGAAUCCGGACAACAAUGGCUUCCAGAACGAGGAUCUGAUCGUGUGGAUGCGCACCGCCGCUCUGCCCAGCUUCCGGAAGCUAUAUCGCCGUCUCAACCAAACGAACACCAACUAUGCCAACGGCCUGAAGUCUGGCAAUUAUACGCUUAACAUUAAGUAUAAUUAUCCGGUGGUGUCGUUCGACGGCACGAAGCGAAUGAUACUCUCCACCACAUCCGUGCUCGGUGGCAAGAACCCGUUCCUGGGCAUUGCGUACAUUGUGGUGGGUGCCAUUUGCAUCACCCUGGGCCUGGCCCUGCUAUUUAUUCAUAUGCGAUGCAGUCGCAGCAUUAUAGUUCAUUAAGUCUGCUAAGAGUCGAGUAUUUCAUUCCCCAUUGAAGCCGAAUCGUUUCUCAUGGCCAAAUUAGCGUUUUGCUCGCAACAUGGAGAUGAUCAACGUGAACCCGCACACGCAGUACUCCUAGACCGAGCACCGUCAGUAUUCCGGGCCGCUUCACUUAGCUUUAGUAGAUCCAUUUCUUUAAGCCUUAUCAGCAUAAAAUAGUUUCUAUUAACCCAUUUCCAUUAACGUGUUCUCGACUGCUCUUCUAUUUUUUAUGUUUUCUAACUGUGUGCACUUGGCCACGCGAUGAGCAGCUGUCCAAGUGCCUUUUGUUGAUGUUCUGUUCGUCCUUGAUCCUAUAUGUGUGCACCCAAUUUGUGAUUUUUUCUAUAACCUAUUCCACCGCACAUCACACACAACAAACAGUGGAUACCCUUUGCAACAUCCACACGAAUUUCCACCAUUGCUUUAGAAACAGCAAAGUAAUACUUUGUGCCUGACUUAAUCUGCAUUGCCUUUUACUACGUUUAUACGCGCAAAUAAACAUUGUUAAUGGCAUAGCUCUCUUGUUUUAUUGGCAAGUAAAUGGGGCCAAUUUGAAAUUAAGCUAUAUUCCUUGCUAAUAUGGGAUCGUAAUUAAUAAGUUUAGGAUUCUGUUGAAGCUUUUCUAAAUAGUCGUUAAGAUGUCUGUUAUUUUCAUCAC